CCAAACAGAGCUAUCCAAACUCCACGCCUGUCGGUCAUUCCUCCUCACCCUAAGGCCUUAUAGAUCCGGCACGUCGAACCACUAUCUCUACAUUAGCUCCAACCCGACUCCGUUUAUCCGACGAGUUCAGCCUACCUGGCCCUUACACGCCGACGCCCCAGAGCAAUCUGCUUUGAGUUCCUCGUCUACCAAUCCGCACAUCUCCUCACAAUGCCUGCCCAUCAUCAGCAUGCGGCCCUCUUGCGGCUCCAAGGCCUUCAAGAUCGCAAUUACACUUUGACAUCCGGCACGGUCUUUGGUGCCUUGGUAGGGAUCUUCCGCCGCCCACUGCCGUCGAACUCAUACUCGUCUGGGCCGAAUAGCUCCCUGUGGUACCGGAGGGUGUGCCCAGCGGUCGUGUUGGAGUACUUCUUCAGCACCUGGUCCGAUCUCGGCGACGCAUCGAUCCGUGAUGACGAGCGUGGUGUUGAGGGCACGUGCGGGGAGGUAGCUGAAGACGAGGGAGUAGCCGCGAUGGGUGGAAGAGGAGCAGCCGCAGAUGGAGCGGGCGAUUAUGUCGGCGGCGGACAGGAUGCUGAGAGAGAGCAAGACGAGGAGGGAGAGGAGACGCAUUGUAGCUUCCUUAGAGAUGGCAAUGUCUACAUCACGAGCCCGCAGCUGCCACCGGUCUCUCGGGUAAUCUUGCCGUCGUGGUGAAAAGGGCAGGAGCAGGUCGACAAGACCUUAUGGGUCUGAGGUUUGUGCCGGAGCGGUACCUCCCUCCAAAGCGAUUCGUCGACCAGACGGAUAUUUCUGCCAUGCCAGGGAACGCGGCGUGUUGUGUGCCGAAAUUGUUUGACCGAAGCAAGGUUUUCAACUGUCUUCGGUGCGGUAAUCCUCGCGGCCCCGCCCAUAGGAGGUGGGAGAAUUGCACGCACA